UACUUGUUCAAAAAUUUCAUACAAUGGCGAAUGUGAAGUGCAGCAGCGAAGGCCCCUCUAGCGAAGGAGACCAGUUUGAAUUCAGAUUUUAGGCUCAACAGCGGCUCUCUGAGCAGGUCCUCCUGGCAUCCCUCAUCUUUCAGGACCGGAAGAGAAGGGAAGCAGUGUGAAAUCUAAGACUGUCUCUUCCAGCAUGGCAUCAGGGGACAGCCUGAGAAAGCGCCCUGCUUGUGAGAUCAGCCCAGAAGAUGAGUCUAAAAGCAAGCCUUCUAAAUUGCUUAAUACUGGGUUUAGUAUGACGGCACAGGCAGUGAAGAAACCCAACCCCAUCUCAAUCAAGCUGGGAGCUAGUAAACCAAAAGAACCCACACCUGCUUUACCUACCAAGAAAACUGGACUUGCAUCGGUCUUCGAUGAGGAUGAUGAUAGCGAACCUGAGGAAAUGCCACCUGAAGCAAAGAUGAGGAUGAAGAAUAUUGGAAGGGAGACGCCCACAUCAGCUGGACCCAAUUCCUUCAACAAAGGAAAGCAGGGAUUCUCAGACCAUCAGAAACUUUGGGAGAGGAAGCUUAAAUCCCAGAAUGAUCAGUAGCAUGAUUGUACCUGCUUACAAAAGCUUGCCUUUUGACAAUGAGAAAUCUGUCCUUUUGUCUCCUUGUUUGAUGAACAUUGUACAAAUGUAUAUAUGUAAUGAAUGUUUAUGCUCCAAAGCAUCUUUUUAUUGUAGCUUCUUUAUUUUUAGCUUAUGUGUGGUUAAAAAUGCCUUCCUGUGUAAGGUGCAAACCAUAACAGAAACUUUUGCAUAAUCUAUAUCACUGUACAAUAUUGUAGGAGUUCUUUGCCCUAGCUGAAAUUCAAACAUAUGUGCCACACUGACCCCUUGGCCUUAGUUUAGUUGUUUAUUCAGAGAAAGAAUGUGGUUGUCCAGAUGUUGACGAUUCCUUAAGUAUCAUUCAUAACAAUGAUAGAAGACAAUGUAGUUUAUAAAGUCACUAAUAAAUGA